UUUGACUGGGUCGGUCUGACCGGUGAACCGGCUGGGCUGCCGGUUCUCCGCUGGUUUGGUUUCGUCCCGGCGGGAAAGAGGUAAAGUAAAACGAGAAAGGGCGGGAAAGAACGGUUCGGAACAAUCGCUAUUCCAAACAAAAUCAUAUUAAAGGGCGCUGCCUCUCGGAGUAUCGCUUCUACAGUAAGGUUCAGACUCUCAGCCUCUUUCAAACAAAAACAUUUUGUGCGCACAUCUGCGAUCAAAUGGGUAAGAAGAACAAAUCUAGGGUUUCCAAAGGCGCCGCGGAAGAGCAAGAAGAGCAAACCCAGGAGGAUCUGAAUCAAUCGUCCUCUGUUGAGAAGAGCUUGUACGAGGUUCUUGGAGUGGAAAGGACAGCAUCCCAACAGGAAAUAAAGAAGGCAUAUUAUAAGUUGGCAUUGCGGCUCCAUCCUGACAAGAAUCCUGGCAAUGAGGAGGCCAAAGAGAAAUUUCAGCAGCUGCAGAAGGUAAUAUCAAUUUUGGGUGAUGAGGAGAAACGGGCACUCUAUGAUCAGACUGGUUGUGUGGAUGAUGCUGAUCUUGCAGGGGAGGUGGUCCAGAAUUUACACGAGUUUUUCAGAACCAUGUACAAGAAGGUUACCGAGGCGGAUAUUGAGGAAUUUGAAGCAAACUAUAGAGGAUCUGACUCAGAGAAGAAUGAUUUGAUUGAUCUGUACAAGAAGUACAAGGGUAAUAUGAACAGGCUCUUCUGUUCAAUGCUCUGCUCAGAUCCUAAGCUGGAUUCACACCGAUUCAAGGACAUCAUUGACGAAGCAAUAGCUGCUGAGGAGCUGAAGGGAACCAAAGUGUACCAGAAAUGGGCUAAGCAGGUGUCUGAAACAAAACCACCCACAAGUCCUUUAAAAAGAAGGGAGAAGUCUAAGAAACAAUCAGAUGCAGAUUUAUUUGCAGUUAUAUCUCAGCGCCGAAGUGAGAGGAAAGAUCGAUUUGAUUCGUUGUUCUCGUCUUUGGUGUCUAAAUACGGUGGGGGUGGACAGGCUUCAGAACCUACUGAAGAAGAAUUUGAAGCUACACAGAAAAAACUUGACAGCAGGAAGGCCACAAAAAAAUCGAGGCGAAAGUGACUAAUGUCUUGUGACUUCGCUUCUAAAUUGUGUGUAAAAAUUUGCCUCAUAAGGAUAAUGUAAGAUGGCUUCACUCUAUUUUAAUUAUUAAAUGCUGUUUGUGGAUUCUUGUGAA